CCACAACAGCGACACCGCGCAGAAAAGCAGAAGCACCGGCCAGUCUGAAAAGCUCAAAAAAGAAAAAAAGAAAAAAAAAGAAGAACAGAAAAAAUCAGGGGCGAGAAGGGCGAAAGAUCAUGUCGAAGCGAGGCCGGAACGGAAGCCCUCGGUCGCCUCGCGGGCGGAGACCAUGACGCGAGCUCGGAGAAGACGUGCCGGGGCGGCUGAUCUCGACGGCCCUAUCGCUUGAAGCCGAACGGACGAUCGGUUGUCGACAGAAUAAUUGGAGAGCAGAAUGAGCAGUGAGGAUUUCGACGUGCAGGCGUUGGGCGAGAAGCUGUUGAAGCUCAACAACUCGCAACAGAGCAUCGAAUCAUUGUCCCAGUGGUGUGUUUCUCACAGGAAGAAGGCCAAACAAAUUGUUGAAACGUGGGAUAAAACUUUUAAUUCUUCUCAGAAGGAGAAGUGUGUUUCUUUUCUUUAUUUGGCCAACGACAUUCUGCAAAAUAGUCGGAGAAAGGGUAGUGAAUUUGUGAAUGAGUUUUGGAAAGUUCUGCCUGCAGCGCUUAAGCAUGUCUAUGGAAAUGGAGAUGAACUUGGAAAGAAAGUGGUGACCAGACUGGUUGAUAUAUGGGAUGAAAGGAAAGUUUUUGGUUCGCGGGGGCAUGGCCUUAAAGAUGAGAUGCUAGGAAAAGAUCCUCCUCCUGUGUCUGUGAGCAAUGGAAAGAGUUCGAAUCCCAUUAAAAUUGUGAAGAGGGAUGCUAGCUCAGUAAGAGUGAAAUUAGCUGUUGGAGGUCUGCCGGAAAAAAUCCUAACUGCCUAUCAAUCAGUACUCGACGAGCAUUCUACUGAAGAGGCUGCUUUAGACAAAUACAGUGCUGCGGCAACCCAGGUGGAAAAAAUUGAGGAAGAUGCUGAUAGUAAAUUGAAUCAAGGAAGUCAGCAAGGUUCUGCAUUGGUAGAUGAUCUACAAGAGCAAGAAGAUAUCAUUAAGCAGUGCAUAAGUCAACUUGAAAAUUCUGAAGCAACAAGAGCUACCUUGAUUUCCCAGCUUAGAGAUGCGCUUCAUGAGCAAGAGUCAAAGUUGGGACAUGUGCGUGCACAAUUGCAAGGUGCUCGAGUUCAGGUUGAACAGGCAAGUAAUUUGCGGAAAAGGCUCAUAGCACCCUCUGUUCUUUUACCCCAAGGCCCUACUAACUCAUUCCUAGAAAGGCCAAGGAUGGAGCAAAGCCUGCCUUCGAUUCAACCGAUGAGCAACACGACUCAGCCUCCUCUCUCCCAACCUGCGAUGCCUUUUUCCUCCCUCAAAACUUCAGAUGAAGACAGCAAGAAAGCUGCAGUUGCUGCAAUUGCUGCUAAGCUUUCUAACUCUACAUCUUCUGCCCAAAUGCUUAGCUCAGUACUUUCUUCCCUCGUUGCAGAAGAGGCUGCCUCAAAGAAUGGUGGCUUGAAGCCCGCUUCAUUUUCCUCGGCUUUGCCUAUCUUUCCCCCAGAGAAAAGGCCCAAACUUGAGAAAAUGCCUGUCUCCAAUUCUGGCAACUCCGAUUUGGGAAACUUGUCCUACUUUAGCCCUUUACAGCAGCAAUCGGGGAGCAACAUGCCAGUCGCAACGUCAAUGGGCAUGCCACCUGCGUCACAAUCAAAUCAAAUGCAAGCACCAUUUGCUUCACCACCUCCCCCACCGCCACUGCCUUCCAGUCUAUCUUCUGCAAACCUGUCUGGGAGUCAAUAUGUCCAAUCUGCUGGUAUGAAUAUGAUGGCGGGCCUGAUUCCUUAUGGAUUUGGAGCGAGCCUACCACCACCGCCUCCCCUGCCACCACCACAUAUUAGUCUGCAGCCCUUGGCAAGACCUGGCCUUCAGCCACCUCAGCAGCCACAUGUGGAGCAACCGCAGCAGCACCAGCAACCUGCUUCUGGGGGAUAUUAUCAGCCACCAGGCCUUGGCUUCUUCGGACAAAGUCAUCAAUCAGCAACACCGCCAGUACCGAGGCAGUGAAUUUUGCUUAUUUGAGAUGAGGGGCUUCCUUUUUAAGAGCAACUAUUCGUGGAAAUUUAGCGGCAAAGCCGUUCUUUGGAAGAGUGUACUUGAAACUUUCUGUCUUGAGGUGGCGAUGUUUACAGCGUUAUCUUGUAAAUUAGUAGAGGAUUAGCAACUGUUGUAAUGGGAUUAAUUGCAGCACCCUCCCUCUCUCUCCAGGACAUCAGAACAACAUAGGGGAAGAAGUUGCUGCUCCAGUAAGAGAGGGAGCAGGGAGAAGGAGAGAAAGAGAAAGGGGGUGUAGGGGGGCAGGGUUUCUGGGGAGGAAGGGGUGGUUUCCGGGAGCCGCUUGGCCGAAGGAAUGUUCAGAUAUCUGUACUUUAGUUUUAGAUGAUGGAGUAGCGGGACUGUACUUUUAUUCACUGCUUCGGUGAUCAGCACUGAAUCGUGCGAAUAAGUUGUACUUCUCACCGGCCUGUCUGCGAAGAUGGGUCGAAUCGUUGGAUUUUAGCUGUUUAACAGGUUCGAAUUGGUAGAUUACGGUGUGGGGCAUGAAAGUCAUCUUUCUUCUUUGGCUCGUCUAACCAUUUGGUCAGAGGAUGAGAGCUGUUGUGGGAUCAUCUUGGUUGUUUUAUUUUUAUUUUUAGAAAAGGGUAAAAAGUUUUAAA